UGCAUUCGCCAAUUGCCUUGCAUCAGCCAGUAACGCGGCAGCCAUUCGCGACGCCAAACGUUAUAACUGUCUGUGCGAAUUCAAAACAUUCCAAAUUUUGACAAAAUGACCAAACCGAUACCCUACAACACGUUAUCGUCGACUUCUAGUUUGGGCAAAAAAUGCUGUUACUGCUUUCCACUGAGGAUUGGUUGCUUCAUCCUUGGUUACCUGACCAUGUUCACCAAUGUCUACAAUACCGGGUUGUUGAUUACUCUGACCAAUUACAUUGGAGCUGGUUCCCAUAGCUUCGAUCGCACCACUAGCUUCGAUAGCAUCGACUUGAAAGAGUUCAGCGAACCCACCACUACCUUACAGCCUGCCCAGCAAUCCUCGGAAUCGCCCCUCCUCAGUGGGGUCGGAUUCGUGCUUCUGAUGACGAUAGUCAUAAAUGCUGCAUGGUUGCUUGUCAACAUCGCUUGUGUGGUCGGACUACACAGGAGGCGACCUGGUAACAUUAAGUUCUACGUCCUCUUCGCAUCCUGCCGCCUCGUCCUGGUCUUUGCUGGUUUAGUGUACCUGACAAUGACCAUCACGACUCCGGCCUUAAUGUUACAUGGCUUGGACAUUGCUGUAGCAUCUUACUUCAUCACGGUGUACAAUACCUACGCCAGACAGCUGGAGAAUGAGUCGUAGUAAAUUCAAGCCUGAAAACCAGAUCAGGGACGUGUCAUUCAUCGAUCCUCGCACAAUGGACGACAACAAACUCAUUCUGACUUAAUUUACUAUUUUUAAUGGCACUGUACCUAACAAAAAAAAGUGUUUUUCUAUUACUAUUAUUAAAAUACUGAAUAAAGUAUAAGUACGACGGAGUAAGUAUAUUACUUUAAUUAAUUUAAUUAAUCACCUUUGUCUGUGAAAAAAAAAAGAUCUGCUAAGCCUAGGUUUGACUACGAUAGUAGUCGAGUGCAGAGUUAUUUGGAAAUUUAAAUACCUACUCGCUACUGCCCAAAAAAGUGGCAACGUAUCUAAAACGACCAUUCUACAAAAGAAUAAGGCGAAUUUAUGGCGGCUGUUCAGGGAUAAAAACAGCAUAAGAAUUAGCCAGUAAGCGCGAUGCAUUGUGAGGGAACUGCUUCCCACAAAAAUAGGACUGACUCUUCACUUAACGAAUCAUUUUUUUUCUGUUCAGACAUGUUUUGGUAACUAAAUUACUCGCGUAGUCCGAACUAGGCUUGAAGACAGUCGAAAUAAUAAUUAAAAAAAUAUAUAUGUGUUAGUAAGUUAGAGCAUUGACACUGAUUGAUUUGCGUCAAUUUAAAAAUUUACCUCAUGUAUGUACACUUAAUAAAAUAAAUGUAUGGAAAAAA